AUGCCCAGUCGUCGCGCAGCUUCACCGGCGGCCUCAGAGCCCGAGCUGGACAUUCUCGACUCACUAUAUCCCGGCGACGACGACAAUGGACAGCAAGGCGGCCAGGAUGGAUUGGACUUUGAUGCCUUUCUCAAUGCGGGCGCGGCUGGAGGAGGCGAAGAAGAUGAUGAGGCGUUCAUUGCACUGCAGCAGGCAGCUUCAUAUCGCAAAGCUUCAAACUUGAAGGGCAGAACAGUCAAGAAAGGCGGUGGCUUUCAGGCAAUGGGUCUCAAUGCGAACCUUCUCAAGGCUAUCGCUCGCAAAGGAUUCUCAGUCCCGACCCCGAUUCAGAGGAAAACGAUCCCCCUGGUUCUCGAGCGGAAAGACGUCGUCGGCAUGGCGAGAACGGGUUCAGGAAAAACUGCGGCAUUCGUUAUUCCCAUGAUCGAGCGACUGCGCGCCCACAGUUCCAAGUUUGGUAGCCGAGCGCUGAUUCUUUCGCCCUCACGAGAACUGGCCAUCCAGACCCUCAAGGUUGUCAAGGAACUCGGCCGAGGGACAGAUCUCAAGUCGGUGCUUUUGGUCGGUGGUGACAGCUUGGAGGAACAGUUUGGUUUCAUGUCUGCCAAUCCCGAUAUCGUCAUUGCCACUCCAGGUCGGUUCCUGCAUCUCAAGGUUGAGAUGGGGCUUGAUCUCUCAUCAAUCAAAUACGUCGUCUUUGACGAAGCCGAUAGACUUUUCGAAAUGGGUUUCGCUACUCAGUUAACCGAGAUUCUACACGCCCUCCCCCUUUCAAGACAGACACUCCUCUUCUCCGCGACACUUCCAGCUUCAUUAGUCGAGUUCGCCCGAGCCGGUCUGCAGGAUCCCAGUCUUGUGCGACUUGACGCAGACACCAAGGUUUCCCCUGACUUGGAGACAGCAUUCUUCUCUGUCAAGGGGGCUGAAAAGGAAGGAUCCCUUCUACAUAUUCUCCACGACGUCAUUAGAGUUCCUCUAGGACCUCCCGCGGGCGUAGAGGACGAGACGGAGAAGAAUUCAAAGAAGCGGAAGCGCCAGCCAGACAACGGCGCCGGAAAGCCCACACAGCACUCGACAAUUAUUUUCACAGCUACAAAGCAUCACGUCGAAUAUCUAUACAAUCUACUAAAGAGCGCUGGAUUUGCAACAUCCCAUGUGUAUGGUUCUCUUGACCAAACCGCUCGACGAAUACAGGUUGAGGAGUUCCGGAUGGGCAAGACGAAUCUACUCGUCGUCACAGAUGUCGCCGCCAGAGGUAUCGAUAUUCCUGUUCUUGCCAACGUCAUCAACUACGACUUCCCUCCUCAGCCAAAGGUAUUUAUCCACCGAGUUGGUCGUACCGCUCGUGCAGGCCAGAGAGGUUGGGCUUAUAGUCUGGUUCGAGACGUGGAUGCCCCAUAUCUUCUAGAUCUGCAACUUUUCUUGGGCAAGAAGCUAGUUGUUGGACAAACAGAGACAGAACCGUCAUACACUGACGAUGUUGUUGUUGGAGCUCUACAACGAGAUGCUGUUGGAACCCACGUAGAAUGGUUCAACAAAUUCCUUCAUGAGAAUGAAGAUGUCGAUGCGUUGCGAAUCGUUGCCUCCAAAGCAGAAAAGCUCUACAUGAAGACGCGAAACUCUGCCUCAAGCCAGAGCGCCAAGCGUUCGCGAGAGGAGGUGGCAUCCAGGGGCUGGUCGCAGCUACAUCCGCUCUUCGGCAAGGACGUCGACGGCGCAGAAGAGGCUCGCGCUGCCAUGUUAGCCAAGAUUAGCAACUUCAAGCCUCAGGAGACAAUUUUCGAGGUUGGACAAGGAGACAAGGCGACGAGCGAGGCGGCGGAAGUGAUGAAGCAGCUCCGCAAGAGAGUCAAGCCGCGCAAGAAGGAAGAAACCAACGACGAGGAAAUGGAAGUCGACGACGACUACGGCGGCGCUCAAGCUCCCGAUAGCGACGAAGACGCGAAUAUGGAUGAGGAUGACGAUGAUGAAUACGGCGACGAUCUCGAGGUCACAAUCACCAACACGGGCAAGACCAGGAAAGAAAAGGGCCGGACCGACUGGCGCGACAACGAGGUCUUCAUGUCCUACACGCCGCGCACCAUCAACGCCGCCGAAGAGCGCGGCUACGGCGUCCACUCGGGCGGCCAGGGCUCCAGCUUCGUCGAGCUCGCCCGCGACGCGACGAUGGACCUGACCAACGACGACACGGCAAAAGCCUUUGGCGCUCCCACGAAGCCACGCAUGCGCUGGGACGCCAAAUCCAAGAAGUACGUCAACAGCGCCAACGACGAGGACGGCUCCAAGGGCGCAAAGAUGAUUGUCGGCGAGAGCGGCGUCAAGAUUGCUGCCAGCUUCAGUAGCGGCCGCUUCGACAAGUGGAAGAAGGCUCAUCGCGUCCAUAAGCUUCCUCAGGUCGGCGAGCUGGUCAAACCUGGUAGUGCUACUACACAGCUGCCGUCAGGCGUGCGGUACAAGCACAAGAAGGAGCUUGCGCCCAAGGAGGCCGAUAAGUACCGGGACGACUUCCACGUGCGCAAGAAGAGAGUCAACGAGGCGCGCGAGAAGCGUGUUGGACGCUUCAAGGACGGUAUGGGUAGUAAGAAGGAGGUCAAGGGGUUGACUGAUAUCCGCAAGGCCAGAGAGGAGAAGGAGCGCAAGAGGGCGAAGACGGGCAGACAUCAGGCAGGAAAAGCAGGAAAUGGCCGGAGGAGAUAA